CGCGGCGCAGGUUGCACCGCCUCCUCUUCUUGCGCGGCUCGCCGAUAGUACAUAGCGGUGCGUCGGACAGGACGCCGUCGCGCGGUACCGCCGCCGCCCCGCGCCGGUGACACCGCGUGUCUCCCGCAUACGUGGCCACUCGAUAUUCCCCUUUUUUUUUUCGUUCUUUCUCUUCCUCUCUGGGGCACCAAGACUCCGGGCGAUUAUUAUGGGGUAUCUGAGCGGCGGCUAAAUGGGGGCCGAUGGACAUUUUCGCGUGACCUUGUCGCUCAGGAGGGAACCGGGCGCCGGGCCGGUCUUCUGCAAGAUGGAAACGUCCGCCAGGUUCCGGCAGCUGAAGACGGUGAAGCUGAGCUGCGAGACGACCUAUCGGCUCGACAUCAGCUUUAAACCGCCGCAACUGCUGCAGUGGGUACAGUGAAUGUGCAAUUAUAUAUAUGUACAUACGUCGGUCGCUCCCCUCUUCCUGCCUGCCCUUUCUUCCCCGCUUGAAUCCAGACGUCGAAGAUUUUUCGUUCUUAGGAGGACAGUGGGACCAAGUAGCGACUCCGUGUCGCGUUAUCUCGACGAUCGGUGAUUAGUCGCCGAGUUGUAUUAUUACAGUUUUACUUGAGAAAAAGUAAAUGUAUGUCAAACUGGAUAUAUCUGGACGUAUAUCGUUUCUGUUAUAAUUUCACAGGUCGAUUCAUUCUUCGUUACAUAAUGAAAAUUUAACUGUAUUGACCAAACUUUAAUAUAUUUAGAAUCCAAUCCACGUA